AUGAACAUUGGUGAGACACGUCCUGCGCCGCCGUCGGUCACGACGAGUCCCGUGGUGCCAGCCAUCGAGGGAGAUGGCGAGACCGUCCAAGUGCAUAUGUUGAAUCGGCGUGGGUCAAGUCUCAGUGACGGUCGCGAUUCUCUCAGCGGCCUGCCUCCAUCGACGGGGUCGCAAUCGCGGCUGCAGCGCAAUGCGUCGUCGCACCUGUACGACUUUGACUCUGCGUUUGACGCAUAUCGACCGUCCAUAUCAAGCAUGCAUCCACCGGACCUCCGAAAUGUCGUGAUUCCACAGGAAACCAAGUGGCAAUGGAACGACGUGGUGGGGCAACAAGUCCCAACCACAAACCGACGCCACGGGUACGACCUCAUCACGUACACGUUGUUUCGCAGCUCGUGGGUGUUCUUGGUUGUUCUGGGUGUCAUGUCGUCCGUGCUGGCCUUCUUGGUGGACGCAGCCGUCGGCGGCAUCGCCACGUUGCACAUCCUCGUGACCAACCUCGGGGGUCAUUGGAUUGCCCAAGUGUUGUUGUACGUGGGGUACCGCAUCUUGAUUCUGUUGCUAGGGGUCACCCUAACGUUUUUCAUCUGUCCAAAUGCGGCGGGGUCGGGGAUUCCAGAAAUGCGCUCCAUCUUGGGCGGGUUUGUACUGCCGCACUAUCUAUCAGGCUUGGCUCUCGUAGCCAAGUGCUUGGGCUUAACUUGUGCCUUGGGCAGCGGGUUAAGCAUUGGGAAGGAAGGGCCGUUUGUCCACUUGAGCUGCAUCAUUGCGAACCAGCUGCUCCGCCUCAACCUGUUCAAGGACAUCCGGCGGUCCCCCGACCUGACCCAUCACGCGCUGUCGGCGGCGUGUGCCGUCGGUGUCACGGCAGCGUUCGGCACUCCCAUCGGCGGCGUCUUGUUCUCGAUCGAAGUCACGACCACGUACUACAUGACGAGCAACUACUGGCGCGCGUUCUUCUGCUCGGUCGUGGGCGUGAUCAUGUUUCGAUGGCUCAACAUGCUCAGCGGCAACGACCGUAACGUGAGCUUGUUUACGACCGACGCCGAGUUCCAUUUCCACAGCCUCGAAUCGGGGCUGUUUCUGCUGCUCGCCGUGGGGUGUGGGGGGCUCGCGGGGGUGUUUGUACGCACGUACUCGUGGAUCAACCACUUUCGACGACGACACCUACAUCAUUGGGGGUCGAAACCAUUUGCGUACGCAGCUGCGGUCGGACUCGUGCUUGCCGUCGCCGACUACUCCCUCGGCACGUGCAUGCUCGUGUCGAAUCGAGCGCUCAUCGACGACAUGUUCUUGGCCACAGACCUCACCACGUCCAACGCCACGAAUCUAUUUGAACGGUACCAUGGGUCGUGGGGGUCGCCGCACUUGGCCGUCAACUUGUCGGUGCUGUUUGUGGUGCGGUACGUCGCGUCUGCCAUGUCGGCGACCGUGGCCAUCCCCAAUGGUAUCUUCACACCGGCAUUUGCGUUGGGCGCGGUUCUCGGCCGGCUGUUUGGUGAAGCCCUCGCCAGUGCCGCACCCGAUUCGUGGGUGAUUGUGCCGGCGGGGUACGCGAUCGUCGGCGCCGCGUCCUUCACAGCAGGCGUCACGGGCACGUUUAGCAUUGCCGUGAUUGUGUUUGAGCUCACGCAGCAGUUCACGUACAUGAUCCCGGUGCUGCUGUCCGUACUCGUGGGGCGGGCAAUCGCUGGGUUUAUCUCGCUCGACAUGUACGAAACCAUCGCCCGGGACAAGAACCUGCCGCAGUGGCCAGACCUGACGCGCCAGGCGUCGUACGCGCUCGUGGCGUCCGACCUUAUGCACCCCGUUCCGGUCCAUGUCAUCACGCGGCACCAGUCGCUGUCGUCGCUGUCGAGUGUGCUGGACGCGGCGGCGGCCGACGUGGAUGUGUUUCCAGUGGUGGACGAUGCCACGAGCAUGAUCUUUCUGGUACGUGAUGAUGCCAAGUUGUGGUUGACAAGGAUGUAGGGGGUGGUGGACCGAGACGAAGUGGAAGCGCUGUUGCAAGUGUGGACCCAUUGUGUGGCGGGGGUCACGGCGCCGACGCCGCACUCGUUUGCAGCCCGCGACUCGAACGGCGGGUCGGACACGAUCGUGGAUACCCCCACGAGGCAGUUAGGGCUCACGGGACAGCUGGCGGUGGCGGGUCUGACGGACCGGCAGGCCAAGGAGCUGCGCCUCGCGGGCGACCGGGUGGACCUUGUGAGUUUGGAGCUGCUCAGUCUGGACGCAGAGAAUGUCCACGUGCACCGCGACUCGUUUGCGUCCAAAGUGAUUUUGCUCAUUUCGGUCCACAAAACCCCCCAAUUGUUUGUGACAGGGAAAGGCAAGCUAAUUGGCGUCAUCUACGCCCAAGAUUUGGUCUCGCGCAGUCGAUAUUUGGCCUUGUAACCACACCAUAUAUGUACACUGUAGUACGGGGUAAUGAGCAUUCCAUUGGCAUACUAUAUUAACGUUAUAACGUUAGUAGGAAUCAACAGAACCAAACGUAGCCAGCUACAGUACUGUAGCGGUCGACAAAGUGCGUACAGUACCAGGAUAUAUAUCGCAUCAAAUUAGUACUACAACAUUUUGC